GUCUAGGCUUUUUAAACACUGGUCGUCGACAGAUGCCGGAGGAUCGUGGGACAUGAUGUGGUCGUGUUUGAAGUGUUUGGGGAUCGGUAAGGUGAAAAGGAAAACAGGCAUGCGUGAAACAGCCUCCAACUCGGACUCUGACUUCAAUCCAGACAACAGCGAACGUCUGUAUGACCUAAACCUUCCUGCGCUCGUCAAAUUCAGCUACACGGCCGAACGGGAAGAUGAGUUGUCGUUGGUUAAGGGCACAAGGGUCAUCGUCAUGGAGAAGUGCAGCGAUGGCUGGUGGAGGGGGAGCUACAAUGGCCGUUCGGGGUGGUUCCCAUCCAACUACGUGACGGAAGAUGCAGAUGGAUCGGCGAGCAACGACUCUGCUGGCUUGUCGGAGAAGCUGGCUGCUGUUGUUCAUAGUGUGAACGGCAACCGAGUGUUGCACACAGUACAGGCACUCUACCCGUUCAGCUCGGGCAACGACGAAGAGCUGAACUUUGAGAAGGGUGAGGUUAUGGAUGUUGUGGAGAAGCGAAAUGACCCCGAGUGGUGGAAGUGUCGCAAAUCCGACGGGCAGAUGGGACUUGUGCCGAAAAACUACGUGAAUGUUCUGCAGGAGUCGCACAACUCGGCCAACAUAGCAGGGCCGCCCACACCUGACUGUGACUACAUUGAGCCUUCAUCCAGUGGACGCUUCGCUGGCAAGCAGUGGUACUACGGGAAGGUGACGCGCCAUCAGGCAGAAGUGGCACUCAACCUGAGGGGCACAGAGGGAGACUUUCUUAUUCGGGACAGCGAGUCCUCUCCCAAUGACUUUUCAAUAUCACUGAAAGCUCAGUCCAAAAACAAGCAUUUCAAAGUCCAGCUGAAGGACAACCUGUACUGCAUCGGACAGCGCAAGUUUAACACAAUGGAGGAGUUGGUGGAACACUACAAAAAGGCGCCCAUCUUUACCAGCGAACAGGGCGACAAACUCUACCUGGUCAAGGCUCUGGCUUCCUCCUGAUCCCAGUAGAAAGAAUAUCCAGUUAACAAGGACUACACUUCUAGACAGACUGGGAAUAUCAAGCAUUCCAUGAAAGGGAGGUACAGGGAGAGAUGGACAAUGACACUCCCGUUCAUUUGCUCGGAAACUUGCUCAUUUCAUUGAGGGACACGCCCAAUGUAUCAAAAUACAGUGUUUAGACCAUAGGUGAUGCAAUGUAUUUUGAUGUCAACAUGUAUUAGAAUUAAAAACUAGGUCUUUUGUUAAUAUAUUCUUUUCAUUCAUUUCGAAAAUGUAUUGUUCAUUUGUUCUUGAACUUCCCUGCCAAUUUUUUUUAACUCUACUUUCAAGUGUCUGCUGUUGAAGUCCUCGCUGCAGAAGAACAUGUUUCAAAGGUCUCACAUACUGUCUGUUACUGCCUGCAUUGCCUGAAUGAAACAGAACUAUUGAAAUUGACCUAAUCUGCUAUAUUUAUUAGGAAUUAAUUUUCUGCCAAAUGCUCAAACAUUACAAGUGAGUUACCACAAUGAAUUGCCAGAAUAUUCAGAUAUAGGCACAGAUUAAACUUGAACUGCAAUCAAUAAUGGAAGUCUUGCAUCAGAAUGUUUCCAAACUUAUAUCAAGCUUUUAGUCUCAUUUAGGAUGACUACGAUAUUUUUGAGGGGUAAAGUUGCAGAAUUUCUACUUCCUUGACAAUCGAGGUGCAAAUUAUUGAGGCCUGUCAGCUAGUGCUUAAUUUGUUAUCCACACAUCUUGGAACUGUUAGAAUCCAUGCUAUGCCAUACAUAUGAUGUUUUGAUGAUAAUCUCUGUUUCAAAGAGCUUAGCUGUGAUUGAUGUCUUCUACUAGACAUGUAUUUGAAUGAACCUGGGAGUUUGUGCAAGAGUUGCAGAUCUUCAUUGGAGCCUGAAUUGCAAUGCCAUGACUAAAGAAGAUUAAACUACAUUGGUGCACACAAUAGGUCUUUCAUCAUUCAGUGUUUUACUAAUAAAGCUGUCUUUCGAGAUCAAAGCUGCAA